AUGCAAACACGUUCAACAUUAGAUACAAGUUCAAAUAAUUUAUUUACAAAUAUUGAACGGUUAGGUACACGUGAUUUAUUAUCAUAUGGACAACUUUCAUAUGAUACUAUAUUAACAUCAAUUCAAAAUAAUAAUUUAGCACAAAAAAAUCUAUCAAUUAGUCUUGAAAGACUUUUAAUAGUUGGUCAAUAUCCUAAAAAUGAUAUAUGGCGUUUAUAUGAUAUACGUGCACCUUUACUUUUAUUACGCCCUUUAUCAUUAUUACUUGCACACAUUAGUUUAUCGAAUCGUUUAAUGAAUAAAAUGGUUUUAGAAUUUGUUGCAUCAACACAAAAAUUAUAUUCUCAAAUACUUGCAUAUACAGUUUUUGCUUUUCUUCGUGCUUUAAUUAAUGCACGUUAUUCAGCUAAAGUUAAUGAAUGA